UGUGUUGAUGAGAGCCAGAACACAGACGAUCUGAAGCAGCAUCGCACUCUUCUGCUGGACUUUAGAGAAACGAUGCUCAUCUUUGGACUGAUGCUGCUGCUGCAGACUGCUGCAUGUCUGGAUCGGUUCUGCAGGUUUAAUCAGUCUGAUCCCUGUUACGCAGCUCUGGGACACAAACUCAAUGUGACGAUGGUGCAGGACACUAGUGAAUAUGACCUGAAGAUCAUAAAGAGAAUAAACAACACAGCAGAUGAUCCAGUUUGUAGAGUAAAGAAUGACAGGAUGAGGACGAGUGAAUGUGAUCUUUAUAAUAACACAACUGAAGUGACCGUCAUUAAUGGGACUCUGAUAAUAAAUCGUGUGAUCAGAGCAGAUUCAGGGAAUUACAGAUUAACACUCGAUAGCUCAGACGGCACAGAAACAUCUAGAGAUCUUCAAGUGAUUGUUGAAGCUCCUAUUGGCUCAGUGGAAGUGUCAAUCAACUGCUCCUCCAGUGGGGUGAUGAGGGUGUCCUGCUCCUCUGAGGGGGAUCCGCUCCUCUACAGCUGGACUCUGAAUGGAGGUCCACUGAUGGAUGGAAACAGCAGCAUUGAUCUGGAUGAGGGAACUGAUGGAGACAUCAGCUGCAGCGUGAAGAAUCACGUCAGUCACGCACAGAACACCACUAGAGUCCAACCCUGUCCUGGACCAACUACUGCAGCUGUGACCUCUAGUGUGACCUCUAGUGUGACCUCUAGUGUGACCUCUGCAGUGACCAGCAGCACACAAACAUCAGAAAAUGAUACAAGUUUCUCAUCAGCUGGUAUAAAUGUCACACCGAGCCCUGAAGCAUUUCGAUGGAUGCUUUUACUCUGUCUGAUUGCUUUGGGCUGCGUUGCUCUGCUCCUGAUUCUGGUGUUCAUCACCGUAUGUUACGUUUACAAGAAAAAAACGCUGAAGUCGACAUCAGCUGCUGCUGGAGAUAUGGAGCUCAUAUACAGUGAUAUCUCUCAUGAGAAAAAGAGUGAAAAGAAUAAAACAGAAUCGCUCCCAGCUGCUGAUGAGGAAUAUGCCACGGUCCGACCGCAGACAAAGAGGAAGAAGAGGAAGGAGGAGGAAGAGGAAGAGGUCCAGUACGGCGAGGUGAGGUUCACUCCGAACCACUCAGUCGCUCCACAGCAGCCCCAGGAGGAGUGUGUUUACUCGCAGGUACAAAGACGCUAGUUUCACAACAACAACUCGUGUACGAUCGCACUUUACCUGGGAAACCAAGUGCUUUUUUCAAUUAUGUUUGACUUUGGGAGUUUUACGGGUUAUAUAAAGCACAUAUCUCUUUGCAUUUGUAAAUUAUUAUGUGCUGUAUGUUGAUAUGGACUGUAGAGCGAAGAGCUUCAACGCAAGUGUCUGGGCUGAACCAUGAGAUGUUGAGUAAGCAAGAGAAUGGAGAAAAGAGGAAACCAGCUGCAUGAUAUUCAAUGCAUUGAGCUCUUCUGUUUUUAGCACUUCUUGAUUUGCAGCUGCGACUUUAUGAUGGCAAGAAAAGCUUAAACGAGAGUCAGCUUGUAAUCAUGAAUCUUGAGGAGGUGAUCGAGUCGCUCAAUAAUCACGAAAACAGCAGUUUGGUGAUUUUGAAUCAUUAAAACAUUUCAAAGCAACUUUAAGUUCAAAAGUCACAGAAAACCUGAGCUUGCUAGAUUGAGUUCUAGAGGAUAUAGUAGUUUAACAGUGACACGAGAGAGUUAAAAUGAGGGUUGAAACAGUUCAAAUAUCUGCAUUCGUCCAUCUGGAGUGAGUUGAAGCAGUCACAUGUUUUUAAGGUUUACAGCAGGGUCAGAAAUUAAAAGGGGAUUGUGGCAAAAAGCCACCAAAAUGGACAAAAAUUAAUUUCAAGAUAAAUUGGCAAAAAUUGCCCCUGCGCAAUUAAACAAUCGAUUACAGCUGUCGCGAUUAAAAUGAAAUGUGCAAACGAGUAAAGUGUCUAGCUGUGGAAUUAUUCGAAUUCGAACACUCUGCAUCAGGUUUGCUUUUUACAAUUUUUUUUUUUUUGCAGCGUUGAGUCUUAUAACCAAUCACACGCGUUUCCGUUGAGCUUAGGAAUGCAGUUGUUGUUUCAUUUGCGUGCCCACUUAUUGAAUUCUUUGCGCUGGUGAAUUUCCUCAUCAUAAACAACACUGUGCAGAAAUGUUGUACAUAAAAUAUACAUUUUGUGGCUUCAGUGAUAUAAAGGGAGUGUUUGCAUAACUUGCACUAGACUAGUCUAACGUCAUUGACCGACAUGGACCGCUUAUCUGUGAAGCCAGAGCCAGAAUAUGACGAGCCGUUUACC